AUGUUUGCACUCCCUCAAGGCACUUCUCACACCAACAAGCUCAAGGAUUCUACAGGCAUCAAGCUCAACAAUAGUGACACGAUGAAGGAAGUGCCCAAGGGCGAAUAUGGGCCGAUUCGUGUCAAGACUGAUGAGGGCAACGUUAAUCAAACUCGCAGUGGCCGGGCGCCUGCACCAAGCACAAGAAGGAAGGGCUACAACUACUUUUGGUAA